AUGGUCGAUGCAACUGAUUCUAGUCCAGAUCAUAUAGAUCACAUUGAUCAGCCAACAACAAAAGUAUCCAGCUUUGAUAUAGACAAACUACCUGCCUCAUUUAAACAAUUUUUAAAAGAAAACGAUAUUGAUCCCGAGAUCUAUACAGUGGCUACUUUACCUCGAUAUGUUCGUUUAAACACCCAUUUGCCUACCGAGAAGCGUCCUACUGUACACGAUCUACGCCAACAACUCGAUACAGAAGAAGUCUAUCCAGUCAAAGGACUAGAGAACUUUUUUAGGAUACAACUCUCUUCAAAAAGAAUAUCAGACACACAAGCCUAUAAAGACCAUACUAUUUUUGGCAUUGAUCUUAGUUCAGCUAUUGCAGUAGAAGCUCUGGAUAUUAAACCAGAUGAUCAAAUAUUGGAUCUCUGUUGUGCACCAGGAGCCAAACUGUGUAUGGUUGCUAAUGUUCUGGGCCGUGAAGGACUAGGUACAGCCACAGGUGUUGAUUUAGCUGGACAUCGAUUGGCUACUUGUCGAUCCUUGUUAAAGAAAUAUAAAGUAGGUGAAAAGGUGAGGUUGUUUGAAGCAGAUGGUACUCGAUUUCAAGUGCCACCACCUUCUCGGUUAGGCAAUCGAGUCAUUCAAACAAACCAAGAUUCAAAGCGAGCCAAGCCAGAGACAGUGAAGCCCUUUUGGGCAUCCAGACUCCUUCGAUUUGACCGUCAAAUCAAAGCAGAUUUGUAUGAUAAAGUACUGGUAGAUGCUGAAUGUACGCAUGAUGGUAGUAUUCUACAUAUUUUGAAGGUAAGUUAUUAUGAUAAACAACUGUACUUGACAACAUUAGUAUGAACAAUGGGGAUGGGAUGCAUUUGAAAAAAACUUUAUGGAUCCUACUCGACUCAACAGUAUUGCGCAAUUACAGCGUCAUUUGAUGAAACAAGGCUGGUCUAUGCUUAAACAAGGUGGUAUGAUGGUCUAUAGUACUUGUUCACUCUCUAUUCGCCAAAAUGAAGAGAAUGUAGCAUGGUUCUUGACUGAACAUAAAGAUGCUAAGCUCAAAAAGA